UUUCGAGUCGCAGAACAGCUGCAGCCGUAGAGCAGAUUCCCACCGCAUCCACCUGAUCCCCGGAUCCAGCAGAUCCACCUGAUCCCCGGGUCCCGGAGCGUGUGUGAGAGGAGAUAGAGCAGGAUGGAGGUGUUGAGGUUACUGAGGGUGGAUGAAGCGGCUCUGGCUCUGUCUAACCUCAACCUGUUUCCGUAUUUUGAUGCGGCUCAUUACCUGGUCUCAUCCCUGACACUCCGAGAGCAGCCAGGGGCGCUGGAGGUGUCCCGCCGCAGUCCGUUUGCGUGUUGGUUCAGUUCCAUGCUGUACUGUUUCGGAGGAGCCGUCCUCUCUGGAGUCAUCAUGGCUGAAGCUCCCAUCGCCCCGCUGGCCAACAGCACCAACGUCCUGCUGGCUUCAUUAAUGUGGUACGUGGUGUUUUACUGCCCUCAUGACGUGGUUUACUCCUGCACCACCGUCCUGCCCGUCCGGCUCGUCCUCACCGCCAUGAAGGAAGUGACACGUACGUGGAAGGUUUUGGGUGGAGUCACGCAGGCCAGCAGGAAGUACAAGGACGGUCUGUUUGUGAUGAUCGCCGUGGGCUGGUCGAAAGGUGCUGGUGGGGGGCUGAUGAGUAACUUUGAGCAGCUGGUUCGAGGAGUUUGGAAGCCUGAGACUAACGAGCUGCUGAAGAUGACCUAUCCCACUAAGGUGACUCUGAUUGGAGCGGUGUUGUUCUCACUGCAGCAGUGCAGCUUCCUCCCGCUCACCACGCCACAGCUCAUGCUGCUCUACACCACCUUCACCGUCACCAACAAGGUUCGGAUGAUGCUGGGUUCCUCGUCCUCUCCGUUCGCUCUGUUGGAGUCGGCUCUGUAUCGGGCACUUUUUGCACGACCUUUGACCUGUUCCCCCCUCACCAAUCAGAGCCACUCACACACCCACAAUCCUUCCACUUCCUCUGAGGGGAGAAGCACUUCCUGUGAUACGAACAGGUCGUCUGUUCCAUCCAGCAACAGCGACCAACGUCAAGAAGAGAAGAAAAAAAAAAAAUGAUAUAUAAUAAUAAUAAUAAUAGUAUAUAAUAUUAAUAUAUAUUAUAAUUCUGGGUUUAUCUCACUGUGAUCUUUAGACACGUUUGUGCUGCAGCUCUGAGACGAUUUUAUUCACACGUAGCAGAAACAGUUUAUACUUUAAUAACUUUUACUGGUACUUUUAUAUAAGAAAUGAUUUUAUUUUUUCUCUUUCUAAACUUUUAUUCUGUAUAUUUGCUUUGAUCUGUAAAUGUUUCUGAUCUUUUUCUGAUUUUAUAAAUACAAUUCUGUAAUGAGAAUAUUUGAUAUUAUUUAUAUAAGAAUGCUGAUGUGAUGCUCUUCUGCUCUUCUGCUCUUCUGCUCUUCCACACUGGAUGAAAUGAAAUUAUCCUGAAAACUA